GGUGUGGAAUCUGCGUUCAAAGAAUUUUUCACGAAUACCAAAUUUUGAUCCAUUAGAGCUUCUGCAUUUCAGAAAACGAAUGCGUAAUGAAAGAGGACAAGGGCUGAAACAGUUCUCGUGAUAAAAUUGCGGAAAGCAGUAGCGAGAUAAAUUAUUUGGAACAGUGAAUUUUUAAGUUAUACCGGAUGCCUCUUCCGGACCCUCAGUCAUAAGAGAAGGUAAGAGCUCGUCAGGGACCCCCACCGUAUUUCGUUACCCCGUUUUUACGUUUGUUUCGGGAUAGUCCAAACCAUUGCCAGUGAAGGUGUGUUAAUCAUCAGCGGUGAAGUUAUUUAAGAUUUCGACAACAACAGUAGUAACAACAGCAACAAAUUAAAAGAUAAUCAUUUUGCCACAAUAUAUAUAACAUACUUUUAUAUAAGAUCUAUCUAUGUAAUACUUGACUAAAUAAAGCAAUAGCCCAUUUCGAGGACCAGUGAGGUUCAGCCUGGAGUCCUAAACAAAUUAACAGGUGCGGUCAGAAAACCUUUUGUUCUCUGCUGCUUCUUGAGAAUUCAACUUACGUCUUUGAAAAAUAAAUUAGUAAAUAAGAAAGGAAAUAAAUAGAAACAACAAUCAGAGAAAAUAAAAUAAAAAAUAAAGAAUUUAAAAAUAAGAAAAAAAGAAAGAAUAUGAAGUCUGAUAUCCCCCACCCCCUCCACAGUAGGCAAAACGUGCACCACCCGCUCCCGCAACAUAUAGCCCAGCGGUUUCCUUUCAAAAGGAACAUGGCGUCUUUAAAGUGACAUUGGUGUCUGUCGUAAAUUACCAUUUCCGAUGUGAGUUUUCUCGUGUUUUAGAGGUUUUUUGGCUGAAUCUUCCCUGCCAUGUGCCGCAAUUGUGCUUUACCUGAAUGGGGGGAGCCUAUAAAAGUUCCUGUUGGAGAACUUCCGCAGUUUUUCGCCAAGCAAAUCAGCUGGAACUUUGAGAGGCUAAACUACGGUGGAGGUGCUAUUAUGGAAACUGUUUCUGGCCGGCCAGAGCGUCCUUCAGUAACCGGACGGCUUGGCUGUAGAUUGAGGGAAGGCAUACAGCCUCCGACUAGAGGGAAACGUACUGAAAGAUACCUUCUUGUGAGCGAAUGUUUGUAUUGUCCCGGCAAAAGGUAUGGAUGCACUCCUAGGGCCAACUGUACGGGGAAGCGUCGGAAUUGCUACGCGAUGUGCAAAGUUACAGUGUAUGCCGAUGUGCCUGAUGUUGCUGAAGUUUCUUUCUCGGGUAGCCACGGAAGUGGCAAUGUCACAGAUCCUUCUUUACACAGAUCUCCACAUGACCCUAAAAGAAGACGGCUUGCCGAAGACGAUUCCAUCGAUCAAACACAGAGAUGGAAAGAAAGUGAUCGGCCAACAAUGGUAGAGUCUCUCAGUUCUGAUGGACCUAACCUCAACCAUCCAAGUACAAAUAUGGUAACAGUUGAUGUUGGGCAAAAUGUUAUAUUGACAGGAAGUAAUGUAGAUGUGGUGAACCCCCAUAACAAUUCAAGUUCACCAGAAAUUGUGCUUUGGACCUCAUCAGCUGGAGAACACCCCGGUAGUCAUCAAACUAGUGCCAGUUGGGCAAAUAGUAAUGGUUCCUCAAGUAGUGGACAAAGCACACCCAGUACGCCACUUAAUACACCAUUAUCUGUACCAGGAUUAACUCUUCAAUCUCCUACACAUACUAAUGCCAGAGGGGCUCCACCCAAGGCGCCUGGAUUAAAUUCACAAUCGAUUAGAGUCUGUCCAGGGCCAAAGGGCAGUAUAGGACAGCCCCUGUCUCCAUCAUGGAGAACAGAGGCAAAGUUUUCAGCAUCAAAGAUGCGUGUAAAUCAACAGCACCAUGACACGAAUCAAGAAAUCCUUACAUUAAAGCAACACAUUCUCAUACUUCAGCAAGAACAUUUAAGCAAAAUCUCUCGCAUAGCUGAACUGGAAGCUGAGCUUCAAAGCAUUAAGGAAAAUGAACUUUCCAGACUAGAGGUCCAAUUGCAAAGAUUGGAGAAGGAAAACCUGAAAAAAGAUGUUAGGAUUCUCCAGCUUGAGAAACAAUUGCAAGCAGCUGUAUUCUCUAGAGCAAAACUGCCGUCAAACUCAGUGGCAGUCCCUGUGCAGCAUCAGUCAGUUUUAGAUGGUGUCCCUUCACGUGUGCAUGUCGGUAAAUCCAAUGAUGCCACAACAUCUCAUGUGGUGGGUGGGAAAGAUGAUGAUGAAGUGGAGGGAAAAAAAGAUCAGGAAGAGAAAGAAAUGGACAAGGAAGAUGAUAUUGGAGAUGACGAUGCACAUAGUGUAGAAGAAGUAUAGACUUAUGUUAUUUAGUGUAAAUAAACAAAACACAGUUACUAGUUUGAUACAUCUGUGCAGUUUAUAGAACCAUGAGAUGCAUUUAUCAUACUCUGUUUUUAUGUUACCAAAAUGUAGUAUUAGCUUUCAUGCAUCAAUACUUUAGAUUGUGAACAGUUCCUCUCAAUUUUGCACAAAUGCUGCAUACAUUGCAUGUAGAAUUGUAUAUGGAACCACCACAAUCUUAGAUUAUAUGACAUUAGAAUUAUGGGAAGGGGGGGCAGGUCAAACAACUACUGGUGUGGGAGCUCAGGGUAAGGAAUAGACUAGAGAUGAUGUCCCCCUCACACUUACCCAGUUUUGUGCUAUUGGUGUAGACAGUCUUGUAUCGCAUUGUAUUUUUAUAUGUUUCAUACAUUGUACAUUGCUCUUUCAAAAGAGAAAUUAACAACAUUCAUUUUAAACAUAAAUUUUUUAGGAUGUUAAUGUUUUUUUUUUUUGUUUGCUUAUAUUUAUUUAACAAGUAUUUUGCAUAGCAGGACAUUCCUGAAAAUAAAUAGCUGACAAGGUGUUACAUUUAAACUUAAGGCUUAUGUUGGAUGUGCUUGAAACCUGAAGGCAUUUCAAAUUCAAAUUUGAGAGCUAUUACUGUGUUAUAUGUUUGGACUGUAGAAGAAUUGAAUUUGGUUAAAAAUUUUGAUCAGAAGGCUCUCAAGCAAUUGGCAUGAAAUUUCCAAUUGUGAAGGAGAGGAUGAAAAGAAUAUAUUGUCUCAUACAUGUGGCAGCAUGAGAGAAGCCUUCAAGAAACAAAAUAGCUUUCUAUUUUGUUUCACUAUACACAUAGGAAACUUUGUCAAUUGAUCUUUCCAUCCUUAAAUUUUUAAAUUAAUAAUUAUACAAUGCCAUCUCUUCAAAAAUUGGAGAGCAUUAUACCAACAACAUAUACAAAUUUCUGUUCUGGGCAUGGUGUUGGAUUUUAAAAUUUUUUCUAGCAUUUGUCAAAAGGGAAGAAAAGUAACUUUUCAUUUGCUAGCAAUUUGCACUAAUUCAAAAUAAUGUUUUACCUCAAUAUUUUUCAAAAAUGUUGGAUAUAUACCCCACCACUUUGCAGCAUGACAAAUAUCAACCACUAAUUACCUCCACUUUGGUGAAUAAUUGUUAAUUAUUGCAAGUUAAUUUGACACUGUCUUAAUUGUAACAGGCUGAACUGACCUCCACCUUAAAAAAAAGGUAAAAAUGGAAAAAAAAAACAAAAACAAAAGGUUACUGUGUAAAUUAAAUAUGCUUAUACUCUAUAUGUACUUACCCAUCAGUUUUAACAAAGCUACAUUUAGUACUAAUUGUUUAUUUCUCAGCUAUAAUGGUUACUGUUACUUGUGGGCUAUUCAGGGAGUGCUCUAGCCUUAGUCAGUUAGAGAAUUGCAAAUAAAUUAUUAUGAGAUAUCUAAUAGUUAAGUUUUAACCAAAUUGUUAUUGAUGAUUUUAUUUUGACUGUAUUUUUUAAAUUGUUUUUACCUAUAGUGUACAUGUAUGCUAAGGUUUGCAUAAAAACCUGUCACAUUUAACACAAAAAAAAAAUUGAUUUUUUUUUACUCUUUAUCUGAUCAGACUAUUUAUCAUUUACUUGUAGCAGGUAUUGAAUUAUUAGUUAAAGACAACUUCCAAGUGCAUCCUUUAAGUCAACAACAGAAGUUAUUUUUUACCCUUUCGCUGCAAAACCCACUGAGAAGUCCUGUGCUAAUGCAAAUCAACUUAUUUUUCAGAAUUCAAACUUGUUUUGAGUUUUAUAGGCCAGGAUAUUUUACAUCUCCAUCGCCAGGAAUUUGACUGGUACUCUCUAACUUUCAAUGUACUGAGUAAGUCAUGUAGGCACACAAACUGCAAAUUGAGUGAUGUAGUGAAUACAUCAAAGAGGCAGUGGAGGGGUGAAGCAGUACCACUUUCCAUUCAAAAUCCACAACCAGAUAAUGGACUUGUUGUCAUUGGUGGAGAUUUAAGCUGUAUGGGUACUAGUAAAUGUAUUAGCAUAAAUCAUAUUCUUGCAUUAGCAUGCAUACCAAAAUUAUGUAAAACAAGAAAAGAUUUUGAUUCUACCAAAGUUUCAACCAAAAAAAAAGACCACAUAAGGAUACAUAAUUUCUUGUGCUAGCUGAUGGAAUAAUUUUGUGGGAAUUACAUGUGAUUACUCUAAGCAGUCUGUAUAGAUAUUGUAGAAACAAAUAUAGUUUUGAGAGUACA